UGAAAUAAUAAAAUGAAUCAACAAAUAUGCGACUAACCUAACCUAACCUGACCUAACCUAAUCUAACAUAGUUUUAGGUUAAGUUGCCCACUGUAAUGUCCACGUGCUUUUUUUAAAAGUGGUCUAAGCGUUAAAUUAGUAGUUCAGUUUUGUGAAAACAGGUAGUUUUUAAUCACAGUGGAAAUAUGGGAGAAUCAAACUAAUCUUCCAGCUUGUGGAUCCAGUUUGUGCUGUUUUUCCAUAUAAAAUCACUGACGUUCAUUAUUCAGUGAUAAAAAAUGGCUGAUAUUCUGAACUUGAUUUCAACCUCAAACCAGAACAACGACGAACGAUACAAAUUUAUCCAGGAUUUGUUAGUCUACAAGUCUGAUGUGCCGUUCGACAAGGAUGAAGUCAAUGCCAUUCAAAAUAGUCUACUGUCUUUGAUCAACAACCACUUGAACCAUGCGGCGACACGUCAUGAAGGUCUGAAACUGCUGUUGAAAACAUUACCGAGAUGUUCGAGGGACGUUCUACUCAAACAUGCUAUGCUGUGGAUGACAAAGGCUCUGCAGAGUCUUGAGGCGGUCCAGAACGAACAGCUGCAGGUCACCACUGCAGCUAAAGUCGUUGCUACUUUGGCUAUUUCUUGUAAAACGAUUCCUGAGCUCCAAAAGCAGAUAUCCAUGCAGAACGUCAAACAGAUUAUAACACAUGCCAAUAAUUUGCCUGACGCAAGGCGAUUUGGUGCAAUAUUUUACUUAGUUGCCGUGCUCCUCUACCAUUAUCCUGAACCCUGUGAAAGAUUACAGGUAACCAUAAGGAAGUUAAUUCUGCCCUUGGUUGAUUCUGGACAAGAUAACUUGGUCAAUGCCGGAGCAAGAUGCUUUGCAUUGUUGACCGCUGCGACUGAGCGUUCGUUCCAGCCCAUAGCAGGGAAAGCAAAUUUAACUGCAUGGACUCACAGCCAAAUUUUGAUCUGCAAUAGUCUCCAUGAAACAAUGGAUGAUCUGUUCAGCGGAGUUGCCGAAAUAGAGCACAUUGAUAUCGGGGAUAAACUCACGUUGCCAAUCAUUCCCCAGACAGACAUGAUGUUGCAUUACUUGGGAUUAGAGCGUCGGUUCAAUAAUCUGUGCAUAUACCUCGGCAUAACACUGCGAGGAUGUGGAUCUAAAAAUUCAGUGUCUCCAUCAAACAUAUUCAAGAUCCUUUCCCGAGGCCUUUUUAUUACUCCCGCUGGGCUGGGCAAUGAGAAUGCGUUCAGGAAGCAAAUUUUGCAUUUGAUUUUGCCAAAUCUACAUUCCAGCUUGUUGCAUGUAUUGGAUGCCUUUGUUUUAGGUUUUGGAAAAGAAUUAGUGCCGUAUGCUCAAACUAUACUCCAAUUGUUGCAUCAAGUCUUAACAUGGACGAAAAAAACGACCGAAAAUACAAGAACUUUGGGUGGAACCAGGCCGUUCAAAAACAUCAGAAUACGGGUCUACAAAUCCCUUUCGACAUGGUUAAUGCAUGCAGGAGUUCUAUCGGGAGUUGAAAAUGUUUGUGAAGAACUUCUAUCACAUAUUUUGAAAGAUAUUGUUCCAGAAAAAGACCGAGUUGUAUUGUCCGUACAAAAAACGCACAAUAUGUCUAAGCGAGCUUUGAAACGGCACAGAGAAAGUCAAUUUGACAAUAACAUGGCCCAGACGAACAUACUUCAUGAUUCUAAUCCAUUGGUAAAUGCAGAUUUAGUUGACGAAGCUUUGGUAGCUUUGCAAAAUAUCUUCCUAAAUACAGGAUGCAGAAUGAAAGCAUCUUUCUAUGAGAGUUCUGAGAGCACGUUGGUUGCUCUUCUCCACGAUUGUUAUCUGGAGACUCACGAAGAAACGUUUUACAAACGGAGUGCAACCUGCCGUCUGAAUCUGGUAAAAGCACUAAAAAUGUUGCAGCUGAAUCCGCAUCCUUUGGUACCACCGCCCACUCAGUACUGUUUAGAGAUAUUCCAAAUGGCGCAAAAUGACGCAGACACUAAUGUGAGCCACGAAGCUAAGAUCGCAUUGGCUGAAAUUGAGAAAAUUGCACAUCCUGCUGCCCCAACUUUGAGGCUACCGAUUGUAGUGGAUUUGGGUGACAGGGAAAAUGAACCAAUCGAACUCGAUUUUGCAAUGGAUUCCAACAUGGGCCCAAAAACCGCUCAUACAUCCAGCCCGAAUAACGAAGACAGGGCUGGACACAGUCCUAGUCCUAUUCUCGAAGAUCCAGAAGACGAGAGCCUUGAUACCAGAGCGAAUCUUGAUGAGACGAAUCUCGAUACUAACAACGAGAAUCAGGAAAACGUUAGUGAGCCAGACAGCGCUAAGGAAAAGAGAAUGAGUGAUUCGACUGCGGUAGAAAUUAUUUUAAUCAGCAUUACGGAGCAAGUGGAUGAUUCUCGCUCGGGUGACGAUAGCAGAGAAAACACUCUGGAUGAUUCGACGAAUAAUAAAGGCGAUCCUAGUCACGAUACUGCUGAAGCAGUGGACGCGGAUGAGCCGCAGGUAAAACGGCAGAAUAUUGAAAUUACAGAAAGUGUUUCUGGAAAGACUGCUGAUAAACCUCAAGGUGAGAUUGAUAGCGAAGAUGAUGCCGCGAUGCUUGAUUCAUUUUGCGAUGCUGUGCAGGGGGAAAAAUAGGUAUCAGUUAUGAAGUGGAAUGUACGUUAUAUUACCAUAUGUUAAUACGCGUGUGUAUAAGUAAAUUGAGUAACAGAAGUACAUAAAAAUCUUGUCAAAUUUU